GGGAAGGACGGCCGCGAUGGAAAGGAUGGUCCCACAGGUCCACCAGGAUUACCUGGAAAACCAGGAAUACCAGGAAAGCCUGCAGUACGUGGUGUUGGGUCCCCUGGAAAGCUGGACCGCCUGGUAAGAACGGUCCGCCUGGUAAACCUGGGGUAAAAGGUAUUGCACUGAUUACUUUUGCUUCUUUAACAGUAAGAAACUGAUCGGAGAAGAAAGGUUUCCUUUACAGGAAAAAAUCAAAAAUCUUUAGUUUAGUUUUUUCCUGGAAGAACAGCUACGGGAGACAAUUUCCAAAAAACAUUCAACCUUGUAUUUCUGACCACUCACAGGAGAUGCUGGUAAGCCGGGCGUUAACAGACCUUUUCCAGGCCCUCCUGGUCCCAAAGGAGAGAGAGGUUCUGCUGGAAGUCCUGGGUUGAAAGGGCCUCAAGGACCCAAAGGCGAAAAGGGAAAGGAAGGAGCUGGGAAGUCUGGAGUGAAAUAUGUUCGCUGGGGAAGGACCACUUGUCCAGGAGGUGCUGAGGUGGUUUAUAAAGGUACGUCAACACAGACACCGGUUAACUGAGACUGUAUUCUAGCUACUACUAAAAAGUUUUAGAAACUGGUGUAAUAAAGUAGAAUUGACCCUCCGACCUACACGCAAAUUCAUACCCCCACCGUGGUACAAGAGAGGGGGGUGGACGGAACCUCUCCCUGGAGGUUUUGAUAUGUUGCGGUAUUUCGAAGCGAUUUUACCUUUAGUGGAAAGCCUUUGAUCUUCUUAACAGGAUGAGGUAUAUUUUAUGGGUGGUGGCGCUGCUGGAGGCCUGUGACGUCAUCAACAAUGGUCGCCAUCUUGGCUUUUACCAAGAAUUAGAAAUCAGGUUAAAACUGCGAUAAAUGGUAUUUUUUUAGCUUUACAUGAAAAAUAACACAUAAAUAAGCAUUUUGCAUGAUUUUAGCCCCCAGAUUUACUUUUGUUGUUGAAUGAAGUUGAAAAAACAUGUAUUUUCACCCAAAAAUGACUUGAGCACCUGCUACUAAUGACUUCAUAUCUCGUAACCAUAGCAACUGACCAUCACUAAACCUGUCUCAAAAUGUGUGCAAGGGAUGAACAAACAGCUACUGAAAACAUCGGGAGCUGAUGUUUUAUCCUCUAGGAAAAAACUAAGAUAAACCUUGUACUUCUGAGGGUUAAGUUAUUGUUAAGGUCAAAAAUUUUUCCACUUAUUAUCUUUUUCACAAGGGUAGUAUAAGGGCCUUCACUAUUUUAAGUUUGCAGAAACAGCCUCCAUUUCAAAUACUUAGCAAACGGACAAUUUUUUGACACCUUGAACAUUUAUUUAUUUAUUUAUUUAUUUACAGUUAUUUUGAGUCAUUGCAAAUAGAUGAGAAGAGUUUCAGUAAUUACCUUUUAUUGCAGAGAUUUAUAAGCGCUACAGUUCGAGUGCAGUAAAUCCAGUUUGUCGUAACAAUAGUUUGCUCUAUUGUACUGUCAGUUACUAAGAAAGUGAAAUUUGUGGUGAGUACACUUUAUAGGAGAGUGUUGUACCUUUGUAAGCUUGUAGUUUUUCGUCCUCAGGUUUAAUGGGAGGUGAACAUUUCAGUCACCAAGGUGGUGGAGUAAACUACCUUUGUCUUCCACAUAAUCGAAAGUACGACAGGUAUAAAGAUGACAAUCAGGAGUCAGGAUAUGUGUUUGGCACUGACUAUGACGUCAGUUUCUACAGUGGGUAUCUUUUCAGACGAAAUCUUCAUGAUCACGAGGCGCCUUGCGUUGUCUGCUUUGUCAAGUCACGUGGUUCAAUGCUGAUGAUGCCCGCACGAAAUGACUGUCCAUUUGGAUGGACCGAGGAGUAUCAUGGGUACCUGAUGACCGCAUAUUACGACCACCCGAACCAAAAAGACUUCGUUUGUGUUGACAAAGACCCGGAGUAUGUUCCGGGAACUAAUGCGAACAAGAAUGGUGCCUUACUAUUCUUCGUGGAAGGGCUCUUUGGCUCACUUCCGUGUCUUCCGUAUGUUCAGCAUCGAGAGCUGACAUGUGCUGUUUGCACCAAGUAA